CCAACAUGAUCUCGAGACCGAAAUUACGAUUAUCGUUAUUUCUAAAUUGGCACCAAAUUUACGGAUAUAGUAAUUUCGUGGCACUCUUUACCAAUGCUCUUUACAUGUGUUAAAUAAAGAGAAGGACUCGGUUCCACUGUCUUACAACAUUCAAGAUGGCGGAGGAAAGGGGGGUAUACCGAAAACGAAAGCUGCCCUCGAUGUCCGAGCUUCUUAGUAAAGGAAAAGGAUUGUUGGGUUUGUCAAAGAAUAAAGAGCGGAAAGCUCGGCAGUAUGAAUAUGGUAGUGACCCCGUUUCAGGACUUCGUAAUAAUAAGGGAACAUACUCUGGUCAGUCGAAAAGAAGACGAAAAGAUACGAAUUCUAUCCUUGAAACCUCAGCUCAUCAUGAACGUGAUGACCUUUCAGAGAAUGCGAGCGCAAGUUAUGGACAUGAAAAUGCGGAUCAAACUACGUGCGCGUCCGGUACAGUAGGAGGAGAAAUGAAAGAAUUCCUGUUGGAGACACAGGAGCUUUUGCAGAGGUUGCAAGAAAGCAACCCACCAAAGAGACAAAAUUGGGCAGAAAGGCAGACACUCUUGACUGAAAGCUGGGAAGAGCAAUGGUCAACAAUAUUUAAAGAAUUGCUGGAAGCCACUUAUGCUGUUCCUGAAAAUAUCAUGUGCGGCAGAUGCUUAGAUAAAGCUGCAGUUGUGAGAUGUGACACGAGAAGUCUACCUCUUAGAGACCUUUGCUGUACUACAUGUGGCGGAAACUGUGAACCAGACUGUAUUCUACCUAAUACUCACUGCAUUGUUGUCUCCCUUCGAGGUCGGUUUGAUGUAAACCAUAGAAGAUAUAAGUGCCUCCAGUGUGGGAAAAUGCUUUGCACCUCAGAACCAGUUGUCAUCAUCCAGUCUGGCUUUUGGCCAGGGAGUAUCAAAGAUAUGACGUAUGUCUUUGAUAAGGAGCUUUUCUUAUUCUGGGACAUUCUUCAGAAGCAGCUCCCAGGAGUGUCUGAAGGUGCAUUUCUCAAGUCACUUGAGCUCUUUUCAAAGCGGAAAGGACGUGUUGCAACUGUUAAUGCCACAGCUUUCAGAGUGUCAUUUAAGGAGUGGAAAUAUUGUCAAUUUGAACUCGAUAAAUUACGGUGCAUUGACUGGAUGGAGUGCCCAUCAUGUAGCCAACAUCAGCACUCUGUUCAUGUUGAUGGGAACAUGAAACUUUACCGUUUUAAAUCUGCAGGGAUAAGGAAAAGAGAGUGUUACUAUGGAGAAACCUUUGUGGUCUCAAAUGAGAAAGUUGAUAGUCACAUUCAUAAGGUCUAUCAAGGUUCAAAGCAAAGGAAAUCAGAUGAGCAGGGAAAGUGUGGAGACUCAAACUGGCGAGCAGCAGGAAAUACAGUUAAAAAAAGAAAGAAUCUGGAUGAGUGUGGUCUGGAGAUUUCUGGAUGUAGGCAUGGCUUGGCGCAACAUGCCAUCAACAUGAUGUAUGGGGAAGUUUAUGGAUAUGCCCAUUAUCUCCAGGUGAACUACUACAUUCCCAAGAAUGUGGAGUUCUUCUGGUAUGAUGUCAUCUGCAAGUACUGGCCGUGGUUAAAAAAGAAUGAUCCAGCAACUUCCAAGAAAAUGAGUCCAGCAUUGUCAGUUAUGCAUGCAAAAGCUCAUGAUUGGUCUUGUCAGGUCUUGUGGGGUGGUCGUUGGCAGAGUGGGGCAGCUGCAACUACUGGGGAGGAGGUUGAGCACAUCAAUAGCCAUUUCUCAAGAUUAGGCUCUUCCACAAAGCAUAUGCUUCCUGAAGGUAGGGAGGAACUGCUCACUGAACAUUCUUUUCAUUGGAACAGACGGAAAAUUGAGAGACUUCCUGGCUCACUUGCAAAACGAUACGCAACAGCAGAGAAUCAGCUCAAGCAGGUGAACAAAGAGAUAGAAGAGCUGUUGAAAAAUCCUCAAAUGAAUCAAACAGAUGUGUGCCUAGAAAGUUGGAAAUCCGAUGUUUGUCAGGCCGCAAAAGGUCAGUUAUACACUACUGAUAUAAUUUACCAAUUUUUUUCUAUGUUUAUCACUGAUCUGAUUGUUGCUGAAUUUACCUGCAUGACAUUCUGAAAAUAUUUUUCCAUCCCAGGAAAUUUUGCUAAGACAGUUUGGCUUCUGGACAAUUCUUCAAAUAGUUAAAAAAAGAUGGUGGCAAGCAUAACCAUAUGAUGUUUGCAUCUCUUAUGUCCCUUUAAGCCUAUUGCCUCUCAAAACAGAGGAGAAAU